CCAAGUGCCAUCUCUAGCCUAACGGAUUUUGCCAAACGGAUUGACAUUGACCAAUAAUAUAAUAAUAUAAAGGUUUGAUGCGAAUAAAACCACAAAGAAAAGUGCAAUAAGCAGAUCAAGAGAGAAUAGAGAAGCAAAAGGCAAAAACACAAAGAGGAGAGCAAAAAAUACAGCCAACAUGAACAGGACAUAUGUAAGCCAAGCGAUAUGCGCCAUUUGCCUGGUUGUACUGGCAGCUGCUGGCAUAAUGGCCCAGCUGGACCUAGACCAGAUCCAGACCCAACUGCCCGACCAGCUGAGCAAGUCGAACUUUAGCGUUAACGACGCCAAGGAGCUGAUCCGCAACAAAUGCAUCGAGGUGGCCGGCGAGGAGGCGGGCGGCGAGGCGUACGGCGAGAUCGAGUCCGGAUUCAUGGUGCUGACCGAGUGCCUCAAUGGCAUCGUCAACUACACAGCGAUGCAGCAGGAAAUACAGGAGGCGUCGCCCAAGGGCGAACUGGAUGUGGUCUUUAACAAGUACUGCAGCCGGCGUUCGAGUGCCGUGGAGUGUGUGGAUGUGUUCACGGCCAAACUGGUGCCAUGUCUGGUGCCCGAGGAGCGCGAGGGUCAGGAUGUCAUCAAGCAGAUCAUCCAGAGUGUGCUAAACUUUGUCUGCCACAAGGAUGGCGAUAAGAUAGCCCUAUUUAUCGCCGAAAAGGGACCCGAAUGCAUUGAGUCCCAGAAGGACAACAUCCAGCAGUGCGUGAACAACACGUUCUCCGAGUACCUGAACCUUUCCGAUCUGCAGGAGAACCGGAUCAAGAGCAUGCCCAAGCUGACUGUCGGGCAGAAGCAGUGCGACGAAAUGCUGACACUGCAGGCCUGUGUGGUCAAAAAGCUGGAGCAAUGCUCGGACAUAUCGCCGGCGAAUCUCGUCGAGUCCAUGUUCACCUUCAUCAGGAAUCAAACACUGUGCCGAGACAAUCAGAAAUCGCCACUCGUUGCGGCUGCGGCAAACGGAGGAGGUCGGGCAUUCCAUCAAAUGUGGCCCUAUGUGGGCAUCUUUUUGCUUAUUCUGCGAUUCGCUUUUCAAAAGUCUCCUUAGUUCUAAGUCUAGGCUAGUCCCCUAUAUAUCUCGAAUCCGAAUCUGUAAAAUGCCUUCUCAAUGCUUCGACUUUGGCAGUCCCAGUCCAAAGCGAUAAUCACUGUUUUUAAGCUUUUGCUUUGCUUAUAUUAAUAUGUAUGCAUGUUGCCGUGGAACAGGUGUCCAUAGUACAACCGCUUUCGUCGAUGCGCAUGUCAAGGUACUACAGGCCAGACAGGCAGCUAUGUCGGUUUUGUUUGGUGCUUCUAAUUUAUGUAAUUAAUUGCCUCUUUCUAUGUGUAGUAUUUGUAAACAAUGCUUAUACUUCUGCUUCUACUGCUGAGUCUGAAUCUGAAAUUCUUCUGGCCUUUGUCGUGCGUUCAUCUCAAUGCUUUAUAUAAAUUUAAUGGUUCUGAUUCGAGUUGGGUUUGUAUUAAAUCGCGUAUUCCACUGAGGGCAGCUAUGGUAAUCUCACUAUUUCACAGUGGAUUGGGUAUGGGUUUGGGAAAUGAAAUGCUAUAUAUGUAUGAAAAAUGAAUGGAAACGUUUUGUAAAUGAAUAUACGUAUCAUUACUGUAAUAAUAAAGUGAUAAAUUUGAAAAUAAAUCUAUUUGAUAGUA